UCUUCGCCAAGGCGCUUAUAUAAGGCGUUCGCCAAGAUUCUUGAGAUUCACAAGUAGCCAGCACGUGGUCAAGUGUUAGAAAUGGCCCUCAAGUACGUCGCCAUCGCCGUGGUCGCCUUCCUCUGCGUCGAGACGCUGAGUGCGUUCAGCCUGGCGAAGCGCUCUUUGGCCGCGGACGCCGCCGCCAACUCCUCGGAGGUCCAGGCCAAGGAGAUCUGCCAGGGGCGGACUCCGUGCGGAUGGGCCGUGUACAACAAAAUGACGCGCUUCAUCGACUACUUCAUGCGGAAUAAGUGCGAGUGCAACAAGGAGAAGCGGUGUCUGAGGGACGACGACGACAUCUCCAUAACGGCCUACGUCUACCGCUGCAAGAUCGACGACGGCCAGAAGAGCGUCUCCUGAGGCCGACCCCAAGCCUAGUCUGAACAGUUCCGACUCCGGUCGCACAUUGCCUCUAUAGUAUCCAGUAUUUCACCCGAUUUAGUACUUAGUAGCGCGGUCCAGUGCCGUUUUUACUUAAACCAAAAAUUUGCGAGCAGUGCAAUUGAUUAUUGCCGCUAGUUUAGGGAUAGGUUUACUACCUGUGCUGUAUUUAUUUUUAUUUAUGUAUUUAUCGCAGUAUUUGAAUCCAAAUUACUCAACUUGUUUUUAUACGCGCGGAAAAUUUAUGCAAUAAAAUCGAUCAAAGACAAAA